CUUUACCAACCAUCCACCUUGCACGCCACAUCUAACUCGCCGAUCUCCUCUCAAAACCGAGCCGACUGCCUUCCUAUAAUCUUUGCGACUCUCGAGCCAUCCACAUCCAGGAAACCUCACAUCUGAUCCGCAAUCAUGUCUCGCCAUCAUCCUGAUUUGGUCAUGUGUCGCAAGACCGCCGGCAUAUCCAUCGGUCGCCUCUGCGACAAAUGCGACGGCAAAUGCCCCGUAUGCGACAGUUACGUCCGUCCUACAACUCUAGUCCGCAUCUGCGAUGAAUGCUCCUUCGGAAACUACCAGAACAAGUGUGUCGUCUGUGGCGGCGAGGGAAUCUCCGAUGCCUUUUACUGCUUCGAAUGCACGCGCCUCGAAAAAGACAGAGAUGGUUGCCCUAAGAUUAUAAACCUGGGUAGUUCGAGGACGGAUCUGUUCUACCAGAAAAAGAAUUUCCGGAAUCAUUAGUACGACGCUAUGCCAACAUGAGGAUCAAAAGUGGUCCAUCACGAUAUGCAGCGCCAAACAGGACACUCUUCACAACUUCUUCACCAUCCUACGCACAUGCUUUGCGAGCCACGAUUGACAAAGCUGGCAUCGUGACGAGGCAAGGUUGUGCGAGAAUUCUCUCGCGAGCAAAAAUAAACAGGUCGAUGGCCAGCCGAGCUGGAGAUCAGUUCUCGGGGAUUACUGCAGAGGAACCCUACCAAAGGCCAUCAGGAGGAUCAGAUUGGUGCUCUGCUGCCAUGACUGCAUUGCCUUUAUCAAGAUCAAGUCCUACAGCAGAAUGACCCCUCCGAGCUUGACCGAACACGACACUCAAGACAGGAGGCACGGAGCGACGAUAGACUAGACUAGCAGUAUUUCAGAACGUAGAUUGAUCGUCUUGCAAUGACGAUACGAGACUUUUGUUGUUCAU